CCCUUCCUCAGCUGUGACUGCACCAGAGCCACUAGCACACUUGGACCAUGGACCCUGGGGAAUGCACUUGUAUGUCUGGAGGUAUCUGCAUCUGUGGAGACAACUGCAAAUGCACAACUUGCAACUGUAAAACAUGUCGCAAAAGCUGCUGUCCCUGCUGCCCCCCUGGCUGUGCCAAGUGUGCCCGGGGCUGCAUCUGCAAAGGGGGCUCAGACAAGUGCAGCUGCUGUGCCUGAAACCCACUCA